GAAUUUUAGUUUGUUAUGAAAUUGUGACAAGGUUUUAGUGAAAUAAAGUUUGUCGACAAUUUUGAAAUUGAUUUGGGAAAGAAUUAAAUUAUUCAUUCAAAAUGGACUUACUGGAACCAACUCUUUAUACAAUCAAAGGCAUGGUGAUACUGGAUAAUGAUGGCAAUCGUAUUCUUGCUAAAUAUUAUGACAAAAAUGUUUUUCCAACUGUAAAAGAGCAAAAGCAAUACGAGAAAAAUCUCUUUAAUAAAACACAUCGUGCAAACGCCGAAAUUAUUAUGCUUGACGGACUCACUGUGGUCUACAAAAGCAAUGUGGAUAUGUUUUUCUAUGUAAUGGGUGGAAAACAAGAAAAUGAACUAAUAUUACUAUCAGUUCUGAACUGUCUAUUUGACACUAUUAGUUUGAUUCUCAAAAAGAAUGUGGAGAAACGUGCAUUGCUUGAUAAUCUUGAUGUUGUAAUGCUGGCAUUCGAUGAAAUCUGUGAUGGAGGAAUAAUUCUUGAUGCAGAUCCUUCCAGUGUACAGAAGCGAGUUGAUUUGCGCAAUGAUGAGCUUCCAUUGGGAGAGCAAACUGUAGCACAGGUUUUCGCUUCAGCUAAAGAGCAACUUAAGUGGAGCUUAUUGAAAUGAAAAUUAAUUCUAAUAUUUCCAUCAAUUUUCUUUAAUAUUAAGCUUUCAAUUUUUUAUUGUCUUGUUCUAUUUUAUCAAUAAAUUAUGUAGGAUUUUGAAAAAAUAAAAUUUAACUUUUGUCUAUUGCUAAUGAAACUUUGAUUUUCGUCAACAUCUUUGCUUAUAAAAUGUAUGCUUUUUCAAAAGAAAAACAAAUGUUUCAGGAAAUUAUUUAUUUGUUAACAUCUUGUUUUAUUCUGUAUUUAUUAAAUAAUAAUGUUUUAUCAUGGGACGAUCCCCAACAAAAUAAAACCUGGUCAUGAUUUUUGAACCAUUAUUUCUGUUUAUCUCAAUUUCCUCUUCACUCAUAAAUCUAUCUAAUAGGUAUUUGUAACUAUGUUAUAAUUAGAUCGAUGGAAAUUAAAAAUAAAUUUUCAUUAAAAAUCGGCGGAAAACAUUUUCGAACAUAAUUUUCGAAUUGAUAAAUAGUAAACAAACAAUCAACCUAGAUACCUAAAAAUGAUAAGAAAAUAGUUAUCAGAAAUAUCACAUCCAAACUUCAGGAACCUGAAUUGACUUCUAAAAUUCCUCCGGGUCGUGGGACAAAGAAAAUUUCGCCAUUUGGUUACCUGCUUUUGUCUAUUCCUAUUACGGCAUUUGGAUUGGGUUGCUGGCAAGUGCAGAGAAAAUCAUGGAAAGAAGACUUGAUCAAACAAUUAGAAUCACAAUUAAGUCGAGCUCCAGAAAAUCUUCCUGAUGACUUGGAACACCUUGAAUCGAUGGAAUAUCAAACAGUUGAAGUUGAGGGACAUUUUUUUCAUGAAAAAGAAAUGUAUUUAGGUCCAAGAGGAUUAAUAAAACCAGAUGCCAUUGAAUCUGGCGGUGGUUUGAUUUCACAAAGAAAUUCAAGUUCUGGUUAUCUUGUGAUUACACCAUUCAAGCUUGAAAAUCGAAACGAGACAAUUCUUGUAAAUCGUGGUUGGGUGUCACGUCAGAAUUUGGAUCCAGAAAAGCGAGCGAAAGGACAGAUUCAAGGCACAAUAAAGCUUCACGGAGUUGUGAGACUUCCAGAACCUCGUCCUCAAUUCACACAAAGUUCUAAUUCUAACAUGUUUCUCUAUCGUGAUUUUCCAAAAAUGUGCAGUUUAAGUGGCGCUGAUCCAUAUUUUUUGGAUGCAAAAUAUGAAUCAACAAUACCUGGUGGGCCAAUUGGAGGUCAAACACGUGUCACGUUGCGUAAUGAACAUUUAUCUUACAUUGUAACGUGGUACUCACUUUCAGCGUUCACAGCCUUUCUUUGGUGGAAGCAAGUAGUCAAACGUGUACCAAUUUAGUUAAAAAAAUGAGUUAUAUCUAGUUAGAAUAUUCAAACAAUAAAAAAAUAAUUUUUGAUUUAUGAAGUUAAAUAGGCAAA